AUUAAGAAAAUCGUUAUUAACGAAUCGUUCAGCCCCGAGCCCCGACGUGAGAUAGGAGAUAAGCCACCGCGAAUCGUGGAAAUCGGUUGUGUAGUCGAAGCUGAAGGAGUUCAAAAAUCUGCUCUAGCCUAAGCUACUAUUUUUUUAAAGCUCUAAAUCUUUCCAAAAACCAAGAAAUAUCUAAAAAAUAAAAAAUUAAACGAACAUAUUUUAUCGGCGCGAUUGCUUGUUUUCCUGCCAAUACCGGGAAAACAGAAAAAUAAACAAACGGAAAUAGCUAAUAACAAAAACAAAGUGCGCGUAAAUUAGUUCCGAUUGGUGAGCUUUUUUUGUUCAAUUAUUUUAGGCGCGGCGGCACAACCAAAUAGUAAACAAUAAAUGCUUCUGCCACUGCAGUAGCAACUGGCCAAACGCAGUGAAACACAGCAACUUGCAGCAACGUGCGAAUUGCAACACAGCACAACAGGCAAGACGGCGUCGUUUCUGCAGCAGCGUCGCCUCUUCGGCGGCGGCAAUGUGUCUUCAUCAUCGCCGGGCUCCAAUGCCUCACCGGCGGCGCCCAUGAAGCACCAGCCACCGCCUCCGCCCCUGCCCCUCACACAGCCGCCAACGAUGGGCGGUACAUCCGGAGGAGCCGUGGCCAACGCCAUUAGCAGCCUCAACGGCGGGAGCAGUCAUGCCAACAACAACAACCACAAUGGCAUUGAGCCAGUUAAGUGUCGGCCGCCACUUUACCCAAAACCCAAGACACCAUCCUUCGACAAGGACAGGGAUUAUAUAGGCUUCGCCACCCUACCAGAGCAAGUGCACCGGAAAUCGGUAAAGCGGGGCUUCGAGUUCACUCUGAUGGUCGUGGGGGAGUCCGGACUGGGCAAGUCCACCCUGAUCAAUAGCCUGUUCUUGGGGGAUCUCUACAAGAACCGACAAAUGCCCAAUGUGGAGGAGCGCAUCGAGAAGACGACCAAGGUGGAGAAGAAGACAAUGGACAUUGAGGAGCGUGGCGUGCGGCUGCGGCUCACAGUGGUGGACACACCCGGUUUUGGGGAUGCCAUCAAUUGCGAGGACAGCUGGCGGGUGUGCACCCAGUACAUAGACGAGCAGUUCCGCCAGUACUUCACCGACGAGAGCGGACUGAAUCGGCGAAAUAUACAGGAUAAUCGGGUGCACUGCUGCCUUUACUUUGUACCGCCCUGGGGACACAGCCUGCGACAGAUGGACCUGGACCUGAUACGGCGGUUGCACCGCAAGGUGAACAUUGUCCUGGUCAUUGGCAAAGCUGACUGCCUCAACAAGCAGGAGGUGCGCAAGCUGAAGGAACGCAUCCUGCAGGACCUCGAGGAUAACCACAUCCAGCUGUACCAAUUCCCCGAAUGCGACUCCGACGAGGACGAGGACUUCAAGCAGCAGGACCGCGAACUGAAGGCCUCCAUUCCGUUUGCCGUCGUCGGCAGCAACACCAUUCUGGAGGUGGCCGGCAAGAAGGUGCGCGGCAGGCAGUAUCCCUGGGGCGUGGUCAAUGUGGAGGAUCCGGAGCACAGUGAUUUCAUCAAGCUGCGCACCUUCUUGAUAUCCACGCACAUGCAAGACCUCAAGGAUACCACACAGGAUGUCCACUACGAGAACUUCCGGGCACAGUGCAUCUCACAGAUCUCGCAGCAUGCGCUGCGCGAGCGCGGCAAGUUGAAGCGAGACUCGAUCAGCUCCACAAACGGAUUCGAUGCCGCCAUAUCGGAGACCGACCGCCUGCUGCUGCAGAAGGACGAGGAGAUCCGGCGCAUGCAGGACAUGCUCACCCAGAUGCAGGAGAAGCUCAAGCAGACCCAUCUGAUGGAGAUGAAGAAGAACGACAGCGUGAUCGACGUCUAGGAAGUGUUCAAUUUUGCACCUUAGUAUAUGCAUCUACCUAAGCAUAGGACUUAUGUAUAUGGUAGCGCCGGGAGAUCCUGGAGCAGCCAGCUGCAACCAAAACGACUUUGUUCAUAUACGCUAGCACAGACUUUUUAGAUCCCAGGACUAGCUGUGCCCACUAGAUCCAAAAUUAAGACAACGAUAAGCGCGAGAUAUGCACAACUAGGCUCCAAAAAUCACACACACACACACACACACACACACACCGAAAGAAAAACAUCACAGCCUUUUCCAAUUUUGUAGCUAAAGAGAAAUCGACUUUUUUCCACUAAGAUAAACGACUUUAAAACGCGCAUCUAGCAUUUGAUCAGUAUGAUAACGAUUACGAUUACAAUUACAAUUACGAUUACGAGAUAUAUUAUACCAAAGUUGAAGGAGUUUCAAAAACUUAACGAAAGUAAAUUGUUAACGAAAAAGUUCAUGAACCCACAGAAGAGGCACAUACAUACAAUACAUACAUAGCAGUACCGUUACCCAGGAAGACAAGAGCAUAGACAGAGACAGCUAUACAUUUAUUAUAUUUAUUUUUGUUUUUUAUUAUUAUUAUUUUUUACCAUUUUUGUUUUUUGAAGCAAAUUUUUGCUUUAAUUAAUGUGUAAAGAAAAUCUUGUAACAUUACAUGGUAAGCAGAAUAUAUAUCAGAUAUAGGACAAAUGGGUCGCUGGGCGCUCUUGGCACUGAAUUUCCAAGGAUCGGCGCCCACAGCAAGAAGUUCCAAUUAUUUACGCAAUUAAUUACGUAUCGUAUUAUCAGAUAUAUAUACAACACAUACCUAUCUAUGGACAGAACCUAUUUUGUUGAAACGAAUUGUUAAUGAAUUUAUUUUAAAUUAAUCAAUUAAGCCUUCACGCAACAACCAUAAUAUUUAAAUGAAAUUAUAGUCGAAAAA